AUGGUAUCAUACGACCGGCAAGAUGCAGAGCAAGCACAACUUGCUGAGCGCGUACCGCCACGAGUGAAGAGUGCAUGGCGGGCGGCGGUGGAAUGGGUCAAAGGCCCUGAUCCGCCACGCAUCUUCCACAUCACGCCUGUCUUCGCGAAGAUGCAGGAUGCGCCCCUCGCACUCUUGGAUCGGUAUGCGCCGAAGAAGAUCCAACGCUUCUGGUUGCUCGUGGCGCUAUACGGCUGCUGGCUUCUGGCAUUCUCGCUCGUACUGCGAGCAAGCAGCUUCUCUUCGAGCAUUCCGGGCUACGGCAGCCCCGUUCGCCUAGGAUGCGGCAACCGGUAUUGGGACGAUGGAAACGGCUGCGGCUUGAAUGGCGACCGAUGCCGACCAUUCACAAACGCCUCGCUAGCAUUCCGUUGUCCGGCCGAUUGCCACAAGACCCACGUACUCAACCCACACGCUGUGGGAGACCAAGAGAUCGUUUACCGACCGCUCGUUAUUGGUGGGCCCACGGAUCAUCAAACGGGCUUCGAAGACGUUCUCGUAGACAACGCUAUCUACCGCGGUGACAGCUUCAUUUGCGGCUCUGCCGUACACGCAGGCUUCAUUAAAGAUGCCGAAGGCGGCUGUGGUGUGCUCACCUUGACCGGCGAGCAGCCUUCCUUCACUUCAUCCAAACACCACGGCAUUGAAAGCGUAGGAUUUGACAGCUAUUUCCCGCGUUCCUUUGGCUUCCUCUCGGGCACAAGAGCAUCUUGCAAAGACUUACGCUGGCCUGCUCUCGCUGUUUCUGUCUUCUUCACCGUAGUGCUGAGCUUGUUCACCACAGACCCUGCCGUCUUCUUCUGGAGCGUCUUCGUCAUAUCUUUCUUCCAGACUGCCCUAGCUACCGACCCUCCCAAUCUAACCAAUUACUACAGCCUGCUCUCGGUCGCCUUUGGCCGCUUCCUGCCCGCUUGCUUUUGUGGUUGGGUCACGUACCGCUACACCGUUCAGCGGACACUCGCCGGCCUCACCGCACAAGUUGAAAAGACGUUCCUCUGGCUUGGGCCGCUCUGGGUCGGGGCUCUCAACAAUCAGACCUUCGACAAGAUCCCUAUCCAGCGACUGACCCCCCAUGACAUCCGAGCACAACCCGGGGCCAUACCUGCAUUGAUCAUCGUCAUCCUCACAAUCUUCUUCAUUGCUCUUGGUCAAGCCUGGUCUUUCCGCCUCGAAGGCCGUAUGCCGCGGUACCUGCUUAUUUAUGGCCUGAUGGUCGCCGCCUUGCUCGUCAUGAUCUCAGUACCUGGUCUCGACCUGCGCAUCCACCACUAUAUUCUUGCCUUACUCCUGCUACCCGGAACAUCCUUCCAGAACCGCCCUAGUCUUCUCUACCAAGGCUUGCUGGUCGGUCUCUUCGUCAAUGGCAUUGCUCGGUGGGGGUUCGAUAGUAUCCUGCAAACACCCGGCGAGCUAUUCCAGGGAGCGCAGCAAGGCACGCUACUACCUGCAGUCUCCGUGCUUGCGAUUGGAGCGAGUAAUAUAACUUUCAACCUUGGCCCGUUGCCGCAGUACGAGCGCAAGGCGGAUGUUUUCUGGGAUGGCAUUAGCGUGUUAGUGAACGAUGUUGAGCGGUUUAAAGGAUACGCGGAUGAUCGUUCGUAUUGGGGCGACGUAGACACCGGAGUCGGGAACUACACCUGGACUUGGAGAAGACAUCGACAUGGAAAGCAUUAUGAUCUGAACGAGAUUGAUGAUCUGGACGGUGGUGUAGAGACUGAAGCCGUGGGUGAUAUACCAGAGUACUUUCGCUUUGCGUACCUAGCAGGUAGCUCGGCCGGUGACUACAGCAAGGCUGGCAAGUGGGCGAGUGAUGGUUGGACACAGAUGGAGCCGGGACCAAGCUGAUAGCUCUACCAUAUUGUAUAGUGUUGCGCUGUAUAGAAGUUUUGAAGACUUAGAGUCGUGCAUAUGUGCAUUGAGACUCACCACUCAGAUAUCGAGCUAGGACAUGGCAUGGUCGCCUUUCUUUGAUGG